UUUCAGAAACUUAUGGUUUUAGACAGGUCUCCUGCGCAACAUGUGGCAAACCUCUUCCUCUGCCUCCGUUCCGGUUAUAAACUACCAUUUCCUGACCUCACAAGGAUGUUGGUGAUAAAUACACGGAGGUGUCCGCACACAAUGGUGAGGGAGGCGGGACACGCGGCAAGUAAUCAAGUUUUAACUCCGGCUGCUAAGAAGCAUUUAACCUUUUCAGCCUUGAGGCCUCCUUGCGAACCCGCACCUUGACGCAAGAGGCCGGCGGACGCCCCACAUCCUGUACCGCAGCCCUCCGCCCACGGCCACAAACCCGGAGGCCCAGGCCCUGCGCUCCUGCCAGCCGCCUUCGCCGCUGUACGCCCUUUUUUCCUCGCCCCCUCGGCAAAACGCCGGAAGAGCCCGCCACCUCCCUGAAGAGAAGCCGCCUCCCUAAAGAAGAACCACCGCCCACCUCACAGACGGGCCGCCGCCAUUACCUCCCCUCACACCACACUCCGCCCGCGCCUGCGCCCCGCGCCCCCCCCGCCCGGCGAGCGCCCCCCAGCGGGCGGAGGGGGAGGCAGGACGGACGCCACCGCGCUUCCGGUCGGUCUCCAUUUUACGCAAAGGGCGAGCGGGCCGGAGGUCUGAGGCGGUGCCGCGGGCGGAGGGGCCCAGCCCGGGCGGGCGAGUUCCGGACCUCGGCCGGUGCCGCCGCCGGCGUGAGGGCCAGCACGGGCAUGGGCUCCCCCAGCUUCCCCAGGAAGUUCGCCCCCGGCCGCUGAACCCUCCCGCAGCGACCAGAGCUUGGAGCCGCUUCGUCUACCCCGAGGAGAAGCAGGGAGGGGGAGGAGGAGGGGGCGGGCAGGGCCAGCCGCCCACCCCCCCCACCCCCGGGCCAGCAGCAUGGACCAAAGCGUCGUGGAUCACCCGGUGACCCUCAUCAUCAAGGCCCCCAACCAGAAAUACACCGACCAGACCAUUAACUGCUUUCUGGACUGGACUGUGGGCAAGCUAAAAUCCCACCUCUCUAAUGUCUACCCCAGUAAGCCGUCUACAAAGGAUCAGAGACUGGUGUAUUCUGGCAGACUGCUUCCUGAUCAUCUGCAGCUGAAAGAUGUUCUCAGAAAACAAGAUGAAUAUCAUAUGGUUCAUCUGGUAUGUACUUCCCGGACACCCCCAAGUUCUCCAAAACCCAGCACCAGUAGAGAAGGUCACGGAGCUUCAACCUCCAGCAGUAGCUCAAAUUUGGACCAUUCUGGAUCAACUGCUGCCUCACCCACAAACCAAGAAGCUUCAUCUACAUCGUUGAACACUAGUACAGAUGGAGUGAGGCAUCGUAAUGUUCCACAAGCACAAAGCAAUCCCAUACCAAGCCACCAGUUCCCUUAUUUAAUGCAAGGAUGUCCUGGUUUACUACAGUUCACUACAUCAAAAUCUUUGGGGAAAGAGUUGGAAAUCUUGCCAAAACAUGCUAUAUGCUCUAGGAGCAAUAUAGGCAACCAGUUUCCAGGCCAAGGUGUUUCGGCUGGAUUUCCUAUGUAUCCUGCAUUCAGUCCCUUACAGAUGAUCUGGUGGCAACAAAUGUAUGCACGUCAGUACUACAUGCAAUACCAAGCUGCUGUUUCAGCCCAGGUGACUUCCAGCACUGAGCCAGUGAGAUCUGCAGUUGCCCAGGCUGUAAAUUCAGAACAUGCUCCUGCAAAUGAGCCCGCAGCAGCGCCAAAUGUAGCCGUCCAGGAAAACAGGCCUGUAAACCCCAAUGUUCAGAUGAAUGCACAGGGUGGUCCGGUAGUGAACGAGGAGGACUUCAACCGGGACUGGCUGGACUGGAUGUACACGUUCUCUAGAGCAGCAAUUCUUCUGAGCAUUGUAUACUUCUAUUCUUCCUUCAGUCGAUUUGUCAUGGUAAUGGGAGCCAUGCUGCUGGUUUAUUUACACCAAGCAGGAUGGUUCCCCUUUAGGCAAGAGGGAGGCCAACAGCAGGCAGCCAAUAAUGUGGAAGUGAACCGUGAUGGGCAACAUGCAAAUAAUCCUGAUCUUGAAGAGAUGGAACGACUUAUGGAUGAUGGGAUUGAUGAAGACAGUGGAGAAGAUGCAGGUGAAGAUGCCAAUACAGAGCAGCAGCCUGGAUUCAUGGCUUCUGCUUGGUCCUUUAUCACAACCUUCUUCACAUCACUCAUCCCUGAAGGGCCUCCACAGGUUGGCAAUUAAAGUGGAAAAGGAACUGUGUCUGGCAGCCUCAGUAGCCAUAUGUAGAAGUGGAGCAGAUUCUAGAGAGUGUUUUAAAUACAGUGCAAUUUCUGAAAAUUUAUAAUGUUAUCUUUUUGAUCAUGGUGUACAAAAAUGUGUAUUUUUUUCUUUUGGCUUUCUCAUGCAUUGAAUAUUUUAAGCACAAGUGGACUACUAAAUGCUUUCUUUAAAAUUCUUCUUUUUCUGAAGAAUAAAAUGUAAAGAUACUGGUCUUCCAUGUUUUAUUUUAAUUUCAAAUGUGUAUUAUACUGAGGCAAAAAGCUUGUACUUAAUCUGCACCAUUACCUCUUUAAAGAGCUGUUAAAAAAUAUGAAUGUUGACAGACCUCUCCAGAUGCUAUCUAUUCAUCUGAAUAAUGUAUCUUGUAUUAGUUUUAUGCAGGGUAUGAAUUAUCACUUGGACUUUGGGGUUUAUAUCAUUCCUGAAAGAAUGCUGUAAACACAGGGAUUACUUGUUAAUGGCAUGUUGUCUUCAUGCCACAGAAUACUAGGCCUCUUCUCAUACAUCUAGAAAGCUAAAAGCUUUUUCUUAAGGCUAUGCUGAAGUUCAUUAAAGUUGGAGAUGUUUGACAGCUCUUCAAAGACAAUUGACAGUGAUGGGAUAAACCUUAAAUGUUUGAUACAUACAGUACUUUUUAAGAAAAAUACAACUGUACUGGGGAAAAAGAUGUACAUUAGGUUUUUUUAAAUAAAAACUGUUAAUGGUAACUCUUUUGGAUGUUUAUAUGCAUAUUUGAAUGCAAACAACUAAAUAGUGCAACAUUAAGAAUGAGGAUAUGAUUGAUUUGAGUGGAAUAAAGUUAUCAUGGUGGCAUUACUGA